CUUUCUUUUGCCUUUUCUUCUUUAAUCUAUUUUUUUCUUCAAAUGGUAGCAAAUGCAUUGUUGUCGAGAGCAAUAAAUGCCACUUGUGCAACAACUGAAUGUAUUACGACUGCCAAGUCAAUUUUAGCUGAUAUUGACCUAAAUGUUGACCCUUGUUCAGAUUUUUACCAGUAUACCUGCGGUAGCUGGAUAAAGAAUGCCGUUAUUCAAGAAGACAGGACAUCCUCUGGUACACUGGAAACUGCAAAUGACGUGAAUACUGAUGCCAUGCGAGCAAUUUUAGAAGGAACUUACGAGGAAGCUUAUAAAGAUCUAUUAACAACCGAUGGGGGAUUUCAUACUGAAGAUCUUGAAAUAACUGAUAAAGAGAAUUUCCAGGCUAUGCAAGAUUAUUACAAAGUUUGCUUAAAUGAACAAGCCAUUAAUUCAUUAGGUCCCUCUCCUAUUUAUUCGGAUAUUGCACAAAUUCAGAAUGAGUUGUUUCCUGUCAGUGAUAAUGACGCUUUAUAUUCGAUCGAAUCAAAAAUGCUAUUGAGUCAAACACUUUCCAGGUUCGAACAUCUAGGCGUUUCUACUUUGGCUACGCUAUUUGUUGACGCAGAUGACAAGAAUCCAGAUAAGUAUGCUAUUUUGUUUGAUCAAGCUUUACUUGGUUUGCCUUCAAAAGAAUAUUAUCAAGAUACUGCCAUGGUAGAAAAAUACCGCCUUGGAUUAAAUGACAUUCUUACUAAAGUCAUUGGUCAAUACUCAGCUGGAAAUGACACUGAAAUUCGGGCCUCUGAAAGUGAAAAAGUUGGUCUUACUCUUUGGGAUCCAGCAAAAGUCGAGUCAGCAGUGAACAGAUUUAUUGAUUUUGAGACAAAAAUUGCUAAUAUUUCCCUUAAAAAUGAAGAUAUGCAAGACCCCGUGAAAUUAUACAAUCCUACUAAGCUUUCGGAUUUUCAAAGUCAGAACCCAUUGAUCGAUUGGACAGGCAUAUUAGAAUCACUCAUUCCUAACGGUGGAAUUCGUUCUCCAGAUACAAUCAUUGUCAGAACCCCUGAGUAUUACGAAAAACUAAAUACGUUGCUGACAAAGGAAACCACUCUUUUAGCUCUACAAGAAUAUCUCAUCAUUCAAUUUAUUACUGCAAAGGUGUAUUCUUUAGAUGAUAUAUCUCGUGCUGCUAGUCAUAAAAUGAGUGGUGACAUAUCCAGUGGUACAUCUGUUGAGCAACCUCGUUGGCGCAUCUGCGUUGGUUACACCAGUAACACAUUUUCAAAUUCUUUGGGUCGUUAUUAUACUUUGAAGAAGUUUGGAUGUGAAGCCGAAAGAAAAAGGGCGGAGUCAUUCCUCAAAACUAUUCAUGAUGCUUGGUUGGACCGUAUCCCUCAUAUAGGAUGGCUUGAUGAGCAAACAAGAGCAAAGGCUGUAGAAAAGGUUAAUCUUAUCAACCAUAAGGUUGGAUACAGUAUUAUUUCGCCUGAUCUAAGAAACCCAUCCUCCAUUAAAAUCUACAACGAUGGUCUCUAUGUCAACAAGACUAGCUUCUACGAUACUGAAGCUAUCAGUUCAUACUGGUACUCCAACAAAAUGUGGAAAAAAGUCGGUCAAGAGAUUGACAAGGAUGAAUGGCUAAUGUCUCCUCAAACGGUGAAUGCAUAUUAUACUCCAAACUCAAAUGAGAUUGUCAUCCCCGCCGGUAUCUUACAAUCACCAUUUUAUAAUAUUGCCUAUCCUGAAUACUUGAAUUAUGGCGGAAUUGGUAUGGUCAUUGGCCAUGAGUUAACCCAUGCGUUUGAUAGCUCAGGAAGAAAGUAUGACGGUCAUGGUAAUUUACUUGACUGGUGGACAAAUGCCACAUCUGCCCAAUUCGAAGAAAAAACAAAGUGCUUUAUUGACCAAUAUUCCAAGUUCAAUGUAACAGGCCCUGAUAACAAAGUUAUCAAUGUCAACGGAAAGCUGACUUUGGGAGAAAAUCUUGCUGACAAUGGUGGUAUAUCUGCUUCUUUCUUGGCCUACCAAAAAACACAGGCAAUCAAAAGAGACCCAGUAUUAGAAGGUUUAGAGCAGCUGUCUCCCGAGGCCUUGUUCUUUAUCAAUUUUGGCCGUGUAUGGUGUAGAAAGCAAAGAGAGAAGGCGUCAUUACAAAUGAUUUUUACUGACGAACAUUCGCCUUCUGUUGCUCGUGUGAAUGGUGUAGUUCAAAACAGUCUCCACUUUGCAGAGACUUUCAAAUGCCCUGUCGGAAGUCCAAUGAAUCCAGUCAAAAAGUGCGACAUGUGGUAGUUUUGUAAAUUUAAAUUAUAAAAUUAUUUAUAUAAAUUUCUGUUCUUAUAAACAUAAA